GCGGACCGGGCCGUCGCCACGGAGCUCAGUGGAGUUUUGAGAGUCGAGGAGGGCGCCUCGGUUUCAUCAGCGAGCGGACGGUUACGCGACUGAAGCUACACGUUGUCUCUGGUUUUAGGUGGAUAUUAAUACCGCAUUAUCUCGAUAUCGAGGACGUACACAGACACAUACGAGUGACCCACGACGUGUAGCCGCUUUAAAGCCAACACCUCCCCCUUUCCCCUCCCACAUAUCAGCCCCCCCUCCCCCCGCCCCCCCAGCCCUGUCCCGCCCCCUAAUCACAGAGAUAACAUGGACGGAUUCUAUGACCAGCAGGUGCCAUUCAUGGUCCCGCCCAGCCACAAGUCUCACGCGGAGGAGCCGUCCCACCACAGGCCUCUGAGCGACAGGAAAAGGAAGUUUGUCGACACGGAACUGGCGCAGGACACGGAAGAUCUUUUCCAAGACCUCAGUCAGCUGCAAGAGAUCUGGAUUGCAGAAGCCCAGGUGCCCGAUGACGAACAGUUUGUCCCAGAUUUCCAGUCGGAUAGCUUGAUGUUCCAUGGCCCGCCGCCGGCCAAGAUCAAACGGGAGCUGACCCCCUCCAAAGAGUUUUCUCCCUGUCGCCAGGACCGGAGUCCCAUGCCCUACGGGGAGAAGUGCCUUUACAGCUACAGUGCCUGUGACAGGAAGCCCACCCCCCCCUCGAUGCCGGUCUCUCCAUCCGGCACGGCAGCAACGCACCCGCUGGCCGAGCAGGCCCCGCCUCCUCGCCCCCACGUGGCCACCCCCGAACAGCAGGGGCUCUCGCUCCACAGCCGCGGCCCCCCCUUCGCCGUGCCGUGCGCGCCCGUCAGCCAGGAUGCCAACAGCUUCUCACCUGAGCACAGGUUUCAGCGGCAGAUGUCGGAGCCGUGUCUCUCUUUCCCGCCGACAGAGAGGCAAGGGCGCCCCCACUUCCUGCCACAGCCCCCCAGCAGCCUGCCACGCGACGGCCGGCCGCCGUACCACCGGCAGAUGUCGGAGCCGUGCGUCGCCGCGCCGCCGCAGGGCUUCAAGCAGGAGCUCGUCGACCCGCGGUACGCGGAGCAGGGCGUCCCCAGCAUGGCGCCCCCGGCCCCCCCGCGGCAGGCGGCCUUCCACCCGAUGGCCAUCAAGCCGGAGCCGCGCGACUUCUGCUUCGAUUCUGAGGUGCCGAACUGCCAGUCGCUGUUCGGGAGAGCGGGGAGCUUCUACCAGAACAACCACGAAAGCUUCUCCUUCGACAGAGAUGCUCAGCUGUACUUUGACGAUACCUGUGUGGUCCCUGAAAGAUUAGAAGGUAAAGUGAAACAGGAGCCCUCUGUCUAUCGCGACGGCCCCCCCUACCAGCGCCGCGGCUCGCUGCAGCUCUGGCAGUUCCUGGUCACGCUGCUGGACGACCCGGCCAACGGCCACUUCAUCGCCUGGACCGGCCGCGGCAUGGAGUUCAAACUCAUCGAGCCCGAGGAGGUGGCCCGGCGCUGGGGGAUCCAGAAGAACCGACCGGCCAUGAACUACGACAAGCUGAGCCGCUCGCUGCGCUACUACUACGAGAAGGGCAUCAUGCAGAAGGUAAAGGUGGCCGGCGAGAGGUACGUGUACAAGUUUGUGUGCGACCCCGAGGCGCUCUUCUCCAUGGCCUUCCCCGACAACCAGAGGCCCAGCCUGAAGGUGGACCCGGAGGACGACACCGUGCCCCUCACCCACUACGAGGAGACGGCCCCCUACCUGCUGGACGCCGGCGAGCAAUGCGGGGGGGGGCUGCCCUUCCCAGACGGCUACGGCUACUGAGCGGGAAGCCGUGUGUGUGCGUGUGGGGGGGGGGGGGGCAUGCACGCAAAAAAACUCCCAAAAAAUCUCUCGACGUCCACUCUGAGCAACAAAAAAAAAAAAGAAAAUCAAGAGCUGGAACUUUUGGAGCCGCCUGUCAGGGCCUUGUGGUUCCGUAGGUGCCCCCCCCCCCCCCCCCCCUGGA